AUGAGUGACGAUUCUUUAAACGAUUCUGACUAUGACGAAAAGAUAAAACAAAUGCACAAUUAUAUCUCUUCUGAUUUGGAUAGCGAUAAUGAGGAAGCUGAAACUAAAGUUUUAAAAACAGAAUCAAAAUCUAUUAAGAGAAAGUCUGUUACGCAUAAAAAAUCUAAUAAGAGAGCUAGAAGAAACGACAGUUCAGAUGACGAGUUUGGGCAUACAUUAGAUGGUGUUGAUGAAGAUUUAAUACUUAACGAUGAAGAUCGUAGAAAACUUGCUAGUAUGAAUGAGUUAGAAAGAGAAGAGGAGAUGCUUAGACGUUAUGAGGAAAGAAAGUUAAAGAAAGAAAUGUCAUUUAAAUCAUCACAAACAACGACUAAUUCUACUUAUACAACAAAUAGUAGUGAUGAUGAAGAUAGUAGUCCUAAAAUAAGAUCUAAAACAAGAUAUUCAUCUGAAGAAAGAGAUGUCACUCCAGAUGCAGCUUUUUAUUUACCAUCUGAGGUAAAUGAGAAGCAAGAAAAGAGAAAUGCUUUGAAAGAAUUUAAACAAAAAAGAAAAGAAAAAUUGGAAACAGAAGAAAAAAAGCAAAAAGAAGUACUUGAUGUUUCGGAAACUUUUGGAAAUGAUGGUAAUGAGUCAGAUUCCAGUUCAAACAGUAGUAUUUCGACGUCAUCGAGUCCAAGAUCUUUAAGUAGGCGUAGAAGUAGUCGGGACAGUCGGUCAAGAUCAAAAUCUGAAGAGUUUUCUAAAGAAAUUGAUACUUUAGAACAACUAUCUACAAUUGUUGUAACACGACAAUUUUUAUCCAAACAUUGUCAUGCACCAUUUUUUGCAAAAUCAGUAGUUGGAUGCUUUGUUAGGAUUGGUAUUGGGCUUAAAAAUGGUGUUCAAGUUUAUCGUGUUACUCAAAUUGAUAGUGUCGACGAAGGAAAUAAAAUUUAUGCAUUAGAAAAUACUAAAACAAACUUAACAUUAAAGCUUAAAUAUGGUAAAGAGUAUAGGGCAUAUCGUAUGGAGUUUGUUUCAAAUACACCAAUAACUUGUGAAGAAUUCAAUUAUUGGAAGAAUAAUAUGCGUCAAUUAGAUAUUAAUUUACCAUCUGAAAGAUUUGUUGAAAGUAAGAAAAAAGAUAUUGAUGAGGUAACUAAUCAUGAAUAUACAGAAGAAGAUGCUAAUUAUAUUGUUAGGCAAAAAAACAAAUUUCGUGAUUGUCCAACAAACUUCGCUUUCCGUAAAGGUGUUCUUUUACGUGAAAAAGUUGCUGCAUCUCUUGCGGGUGAUUUAGAAAAAGUAAAGGCAAUUGAAGUAGAAUUAGCAGCUAUUGAAAGACGAGCAUCUGCUGCUGACAAGAAGCGUUCUUCUGGUAUGGAUGCAAUUACAAAGAUUAAUAUAAGAAAUCGUGAAACUAUGGCUACUUUGUUUUUAUCCAAAAAUGCACCAGUAGAACUUCCAAAUGAGGAUGAUCCUUUUACACGUAAAAGUUCAAAAAUGCGUGUUGUCUCGGGAAGAUCAAAAUUUAAAAAAGAAAAUGGAUCUAGUAAUGAUAUUACUAACAAUAUUACAGGAGAUGUAUUAACAAACAAAGAAUCUGAAACUGCUUUCAAGAGUAGAGAAGAUAUGCUUAAGGCUGUUGAUAUUGAUAUAAGUGACCUGUAA